AUGAAGACGACAUUGGCCACAGUUGCAGUCCUUUCCGGACUUGCCUCCGCAUGGAUGCCCGGCGUGCAUAAAGACAUCGUCUCACUCAAGGGCGAGAACCUCUUCAACAAGACAGACCCCAUCACCAAGCGCUGGCUACCAGCAUCCGGCAAGAUUCGCGGCGUCAAUCUCGGAUCUCUAUUCGUCUUUGAGCCCUGGCUCGCCGAAAGCGCGUGGAGCAGUAUUGGAUGUUCGGGCCAAAACUCCGAGUUUGACUGCGUCAGUGCCCUGGGCCAGGAGACUGCCAAUACUAACUUUGCGGACCACUGGGGGUCGUGGAUUGUUGAAAAUGACAUUGCGACCAUGUCGAGUUAUGGACUGAAUGCCAUUCGUAUUCCUGUUGGAUACUGGAUGCGAGAGGAUAUUGUAUAUAGUGAUAGCGAGCAUUUCCCUCAGGGGGCAUUGUCGUAUCUUGAGCAGAUAUGUGGCUGGGCUUCUGACUAUGGUUUCUAUAUCAUUAUUGACUUGCAUGGCGCUCCUGGUGCGCAGGUUGCACAUAAUGCAGACACUGGACAGUACGCUCCGACCCCCGGAUUCUACGUCGACUACCAAUUCGAGCGAGCCCUCAAAUUCCUCGAAUGGAUGACCACCCAGAUCCACUCGAGUGACAGCUUCCGUAACGUCGGUAUGCUUGGGAUCGUGAACGAGCCCGUGCAAGACUCCAGCCAAGUUGGCACAAUGAGAUCAACCUACUAUCCCGAUGCGUUCAGCAGAAUCCGCGCCGCUGAAAGAGCCCUCGGCAUUACCGCCAACAACGAACUCCACAUCCAAAUGAUGAACAACCUCUGGGGCUCCGGCGAUCCCACCGAAUACCUAACCGACAACUACUUUGCCGCCUACGACGACCACCGCUACGUCAAAUGGGACACCAGCGUCGCCGUCAGUCAGGACAACUAUAUCAGCACCUCGUGCAACGACAACCGCGGCGGAAACACGCCCACAAUCAUCUCGGAGUGGAGUCUGAGUGUUCCCGACAAUGUACAAGAUACCGCGGGCUGGGACCCGAGCACUAACAAGGACUUUUAUGCAAAGUGGUUUGUGGCUCAGGUGAUCACUUAUGAGAAGCAGGAUGGUUGGUUGUUUUGGUCGUGGAAGUCGGAGUUGGGUGAUUAUCGGUGGUCAUAUCAGGAUGCUGUGGCUGCGGGUGUUAUUCCGACGGAUUUAGACUCUGUCUAUGGUCUGGGUGUGUGUUGA